AGAAAGGGGAAGUUUGGGAGGGAGGCCUCAGGGGAGACUGGUGGGAGAGAAGAGCCGGCAGACUAACAGACAGAGCCAGUCUGGUUCUCUCUCCCUACUGCCACCUGCCACCUGCCACCUGCCACGGGCAUCUGCUGAGCUAUGAGCCAAACCAGGGAUUUACAGGGAGGUAAAGCUUUUGGACUACUGAAGGCCCAGCAGGAAGAGAGACUGAAUGAGAUCAACAAGCAAUUCCUGGAGGAUCCCAAAUACAGCACUGAUGAGGAUCUACCCUCCAAACUGGAAGCCUUCAAGAAAAAAUAUAUGGAGUUUGACCUGAACGGAAAUGGAGAUAUUGAUAUCAUGUCCUUGAAGCAAAUGCUAGAGAAACUUGGGAUCCCCAAGACCCACCUAGAGCUUAAGAAAUUAAUUAGAGAGGUGUCAAGUGGCUCUGGGGAGACAUUCAGCUAUCCUGACUUUCUCAGAAUGAUGCUGGGCAAGAGAUCCGCCAUCUUAAAAAUGAUCUUAAUGUAUGAGGAGAAAGCAAGAGAACAGGAAAAGCCAACGGGUCCCCCAGCCAAGAAGGCUAUCUCUGAAUUGCCCUAAUUUGUGUGUAUGUGUGUGUGUGUGUUAUGUGUGUGUACACACAUGUGCAUGUCCACAGCGAGAUUGAAGGGGCUUCUAAUGAUCCCAACAUGAAAAAACAAAACAAAACAAAAAACCAAAAUUGUGAGCCAGUCAAACGAAAUAAAUUAUCCUUCCCUUCCA